GCAGGCCUGGCUGCGGCGGCGUCCUAGAGCGGCGUCGGGUGGCGGCCGCCCAUGGGGUCCUGAGGCGGGUUACUGAAAGUUGCAAACGUGCCUAACAGUCUUUCCUUCUCUCAAGUUUCCCCACAACAAAAAUCAUGUGAGAUGGGUUGAGCCAAAGUCACCCACCUGGCUUUCAUGCCUCAGGGCGUAUAUUUUUCUGUUCCGGUUCCUGACCUACCAAGGCUGUUUAAAUGAGAAUGUCGUUGGCCCAGAGGGUGCUACUCACAUGGCUCUUCACCUUACUGUUCCUGAUCAUGUUGGUGUUAAAGCUGGAUGAAAAGGCACCAUGGAACUGGUUCCUCAUAUUCAUUCCUGUUUGGAUCUUUGACACAAUUCUUCUCGUGAUGAUCAUUGUGAAAAUGGCUCGCCGUUGUAAGUCUGGCUAUGAUCCUCGCAACGGUUCUCAGAACCUCAAGAAGAAAGCGUGGUACCUCGCAGCCAUGCUGCUAAAGCUGGCCUUCUGUCUUGCUCUCUGCGCAAAACUGGAACAAUUUACCGCAAUGAAACUUUCUUACGUCUUUAUUCCCCUCUGGAUUCUGCUAAUUGGAGGGAUGAUCGAACUCGGCUAUAAUAUUUUCUACGUAAGAAGGGACUAAACUAUUUUUUUUUUCACGCUCCUGAGCAAUGCUGCUACGAGGUUACUUCCUCUAAAGGGAUUAUUUAAAAUAUAUAUAUACUUCCAAGCUGUUGGAUGCGGUUCCUCAGCGCGUGAAGCAGAGCUAUCCGAUCGGCAUGUACAUACUGUAAAUAAAACAAUCUCAUGUUUUCUGUGGUUUUCUACA